AUGGCACCGAAACCGCAUUCCGUGGAGUCGUUGAACCCAAUGACUGAUCCGACGCCGAAGACAGCGCUCGUGAGGGCGGGUCUGCACCUCAAGAAUGAGCGCUUCCUCUCGUGCUCUCAAUUCGUGCCGAGACCUGGCUUUGGACACAACGGGCGCCGCAUUGUCAUCAACACCAACCACUUCUCUGUUGACUUCAACCACAAGAAAGUGAUCUACAGAUACCUGGUGUCCAUCGAGUGUCUGCCGCUGGCCUUCAAGCUGUCGGCCGCCGGAGACGAGAGGAGACGCUUCCGGAAGCUGUCGGAGAAGUUGUGUCGCGCCGUCGUCUCGAAAGCCAUUGACGAGAACCAGUCGUACGGAAAGCUGUUCUACAAUACGUGUCCCGUCUAUGACGGCUCCAAAUCCAUGUUCUCUUGCGGACCGCUCAUCGGUAUCGCCAGCGAUGGUAAGCCGACCCGUAUUCUCGUGGAAGUGCCGGACGACCAGUCGAUGGACUCGCAGUUCGCCGUUAUUAUCAAAUACACGGCAAAUACGAUAAGUCUGAACGGUUUGAAGCUAUACUUCGAUAAGAAGACGAACUCCAUUCCCUUCGAGCACAUCCAGGCGCUCAACAUUGUGCUCAGACAGGGACUCAUUGGCUCCAAGAUAGCCAUCGGUCAGUCCCUAUUCAACCCGUCGCCCGACAAUCGCAUAAACAUCGGCGGAGGGAAGCAAUUGGCGUUUGGUAUCUAUCAGUCGCUGAGACCCUGUGUGGGCGGCGCCCAACUGGUGGUCGACCGCUCGUGCACUGCCUUCUGGACCAACGGAACCAUUGAGGACUUCGUGAAGAGUCUGUUUCCGUUCAAAGAAUGCGAAUCAAUGAUGAGAUACAAGUGGAACGACUUCGAGAGGAAGCGCAUCGAACGCGAACUCAAAGGCCUGUUCAUCGAAGUGAGUCAUCUUCGGUUCCACAAGAAGUACAAAGUCCACGGAAUCAGUCGAGAGGCCGCUCAAGACAUACGCUUCGAUUGGACCAAAAGGGGCCGAAGAGGUGAGAAGGUAUUCGAGGGCAACGUCUCUGUCGCCGAGUAUUUCAAACAGGAAUACCACGAACUGAAAGCCCCGCACAUGCCCUGCAUUAUCGUCCGCUGCGGUCAGAGACCCACGUAUUUCCCGAUAGAGGUGUGCCGUUUGGCCAGUGAUCAGCACGUGAGCCGUAAACUCCCGCCGCAACAGACGGCAGAAAUGAUCCGAUUGUGUGCCUCAACGCAACCCAAAGAGCGCUUCGAAACCAUCCAAAGGGCGGCCAAAGACAUCGCUCUCAACCAGAAAUGUCUCAAAUAUCUCAAUGAGUUCUCACUGAAGCUCUCGACCCAACCCAUCGGUAUGUCCGCCCGAGUGCUCGACGCGCCCGCACUCCUCGAGAGGAAUGGCAAACACUGUCUGCCCAGAGAUGGCAAGUGGAGGAUCGGACAGUUCUAUAACUGCGUGGACGUCAAGAAGUGGAUUGUCGUGAAUCUCGCGAAUCUUGAAGACUAUCAGAUCACGAAUUUCAUCGAUACGCUCAAGAAGUACGGCCAACAGAUUGGUAUGAAUAUCAACGAACCCAUCUGUCGCGUCAAAAUGAGUUAUCAGAGGGGACUCCUCAAGGAGAAGCUCUUCGAUAGGGCCGAAGAGAAGUACGGUUUCGUGAAUCUGUUCGUCUUCUUAGGCAUCGAAUCAGACGAAUGCUAUUAUGAGAUCAAGAAGUGCGGAGACAUCGACAUCGGACUCACCACUCAAUGCAUUCGUAAGCAUAACGUCUUAAGAAUGAAUCAGUCUUUGGCCACAAAUAUACUGCUGAAGAUCAACACAAAGAUGGGCGGAGAGAACCUGUGUUUAGCCACUUUGCCUCCGAUUGUGGGCAACAAACGGGUCAUUGUUAUCGGUGCAGAUGUGGCCCAUCCGUCGCCUUCAGACAAACUCUGCGCUUCUGUGGCGGCCGUCGUCGGCAAUAUCGACGCGAAUUGUAUCAAACAUUACGCGACUGUCAAAGUCCAGCACCGAUAUCGCGAAGAGAUCAUCAAUGAAUUGGACGUUUUGGUGAAUGAGAUACUCCGCGAAUACCAGCGACACAACGGAGAGCUCCCGCAGGAGAUCAUCUUCUAUAGGGACGGCGUCAGCGAAGGCCAGUUCAUGUAUGUCAUGGACUUCGAGAUCAGGAAAAUAAAGCUCGCCUUCCAGUCCCUCGGCGUCGGCUAUAACCCGAAGUUGACGUUCAUUGUGGUCCAGAAGAGACACCACACGAGAUUCAUUCCGGACGACGACAAGGAUGGCGUCGGCAGAGGGAAGAACAUACCGCCCGGAACUAUAGUCGACAAUGUGGUCGUCCAUCCGACCGACUUUGACUUCUACCUGUGCUCUCAUGAGGCCAUUCAGGGCACCUCUCGUCCAUCGCAUUACUACGUUCUGUACGACGAGAACAAGUUCGGUGCGGACCAACUGCAUGAGCUGACGUACUACCUGUGCCACACAUACGCCCGGUGCACCCGAAGCGUGUCGAUCCCUUCGUGUGUAUAUUACGCCCAUUUGGCGGCACAUCGAGCGCGCGGUCACAUCAAUGGCUCGUGCGGUGACUCGGAUUCGGGCUCUUCGGGCGGCAGUCCUAACAUGCGAUGGUCUAAGAGAGUGGUUCCCAACUUCGAUAAUCUGAGCCAAAAGAUUAACGUAAGAAUGGAUCGCAAGAGUUCUAUUGAUAAUUAA